AUGACCUAUCGGAGCCUGGCCGGUGUCUCUGACUUACCCCCAGACGAAACCUGUGCGCCUGGAGUCCCAGGGAUGGCGGGCUUGCCCCUUCCAUCAGAAGGUGACCCCGCCCGUCUCGCCCAGCCCAGGGUCCUGGAGCGUGAGCGGCCGCUGCGGUCGCAGCUGGGCGUGCUGAGCCCCGUGGCCACCCCGGCCAUGAGGAGGGACGAGCGAGAAGCCAAAGCCAUGCGGUCCCCACAGCCGCCGGACGGGGCCGGCUCAUCCCCAGAGAGUCUGAGGAACGGCUACGUGAAGAGCUGCGUGAGCCCCUUGCGGCAGGACCCUCCGCGCGGCUUCUUCUUCCACCUCUGCCGCUUCUGCAACGUGGAGCUGCCGUCGCCGCCAGCCUCCCCCCAGCAGCCGCGGCGCGGCUCUCCCUUCUCCCGGGCGCGCCUCUCUCUGGGCGCCCUGGCCGCCUUUGUCCUCGCCCUGCUGCUGGGCGCAGGGCCCGAAAGCUGGGAUGCCGGGGCUGCCCGGCUGCGGACGCUGCUGAGCGUGUGCUCGCACAGCCUCAGCCCCCUCUUCAGCAUCGCCUGUGCCUUUUUCUUCCUCACCUGCUUCCUGACCCGGCCCAAACGGGACGCCGGCCCGGGCCGCAGCGGCGGCUCCUGGUGGCUGCUGGCGCUGCCCGCAUGCUGUUACCUGGGGGACUUUUUGGUGUGCCAGUGGUGGUCUUGGUCUUGGGGGAACGGGCACGCCGGGGCCCCGGAGCCGCACACGACCCCCGCGGUGGCGGGCAGGUUGUUGUUGGUGCUGAGCUGUGUGGGCUUGCUGACGCUCGCGCAGCCGGGGAGGCUCCAGCACAGCAUCCUGGUGCUGCUCUUCGCCAGCUGCGUCUGGUGGGUCUCCUUCACGGGCCUCGGCUCGCUGCCUGCAGCCCUCAGGCCGCUGCUUUCCUGCCUGGUGGGGGGCGUCGGAUGCCUGCUGGCCCUGGGGUUGGAUCACUUCUUUCAAAUCAGGGAAGCCCCGCAUCAUCCUCGGUUGCCCAGCACCGCGGAAGAAAAAGUGCCUGUGAUCAGACCCCGGAGGAGGUCCAGCUGCGUGUCGCUAGGAGAAACUUCAGCCAGUUACUACGGCAGUUGCAAAAUGUUCAGGAGACCUUCGUUGCCUUGUAUUUCGAGAGAACAGAAAGGCUGGAGCCCCCGUGGAAGUGGCAGCGGCAGCAGCGGAGGAACCGGCGGCAGCGGAGCCGGCAGCAGCGGCAGUAGCGGAGGAACCGGCGGCAGCGGCAGCAGUGGAGGAGCCGGCGGCAGCGGCAGUGGCGCCCCCGACAGUGGCAGCUGUGGCAGAAGUGGUGCCAGUGGUAACGGCGGUAGCGGCAGCAGUGGUGGAACUAGUGGCAGUGGCAGCAGCGGGGGAGCCGGCAGCAGUGGCAGCGGCGCCAGAGGCAACAGUGGGGGAAGCAGUAGCGGGGGAAGCGGCGGCCGUGGAGCCGGGAGCAGUGGUGCCAGGGGCAGUGGUGCUGGCGGCAGCGGCAUGAGCAGCUGCAGCAGCAGCAGCAGCAGGGGAACUGGUAGUGGCAGGAGCGACAGCCUACGGUACUGCCCCGUCACCCAGCAGCCCGGCAGAGUCCAAGCUGACCAGAGAGUUGGCUCCUUGGAGAGGCCCAAGACCUGA